AUGGCCGAAACGCAAACCGGAAAGCGCGUGAAGUACCUUCAAAGCGACAAUGGGGGUGAAUACAAGUCCGACAAGCUGGCACGAUUCUGCGCGGAACGGGGAAUACAACAAAGGUUCACACCCCCAUAUACUCCUCAGCUAAACGGAGUAGCUGAGAGAAUGAAUCGCACGCUGGUCGAGUGUGCGCGUUGCAUGAUGGAACACGCUGGACUGGGAAAGAGCUACUGGGGUGAAGCAGUGAUGACGGCGAUGUUUCUUCGAAACCGCUGUCCAACACGUGCCAUUCACCAAGACAAGUCUCCAUAUCAAGUGUGGACGAUGAAGAAACCGAUUCUGGCCAACCUUAAAGUGUUUGGAUGCCACGCGUAUGUUCAAGUGCCUCAAGACAAACGCGCGAAGUUCGACUCCAAGUCAUCACUCUGUCGUUUCCUGGGAUACGCCGAACACCAGAAGUCAUAUCGAUUUGAGGAAGUGUCAACAGGAGCGAUCAAGAUCAGUCGCGAUGCCACAUUCAUGGAAGACAAGUUUGAUGAAGGUCCGCGCAACUACAACGAUGAGUCAAGUGUCGUUGAGUUUGAUGAUCAUGAUGAGGACGAAGAAAAAGAAGAAGGUAAAACUGACGACGACAUGGACUCGAGCGACGAUGACAACGAAGACACCAGGUCUUCGAAGAGCAACAUCAAGAGACACACGCGCACUCAAUCACUUGAGAAAGCUACCGUCAUUCCAAGUCCCAAGCGAAGAACAUACAGAGGUCCGUCGCUUGAGCAUGUGUCAGCGGCUGCAAUGGAUUUUGAAGCAGCCUACAUCGUUGAUUCAGUGGGGGAAACGCCGACUACAUUCAAGUCGGCGAUGGAAUCAAGCGACUCCGGCAAGUGGAAAGAAGCGUGUGACUCGGAGUUCGACUCGCUUCAGAGAAACGACACGUGGGAAAUCGUGCCUCUUCCGAAAGGUCGCAAGGCAGCGUCUUGA